GACUGUCUACCGCUUUAAUGGCUCACGCAUGUUUGCGUAGUGUGUCAAAUAAUUGCCUGAGAUAAGUUUAGUGUUGUCUGAGUUCAGAAGAAUAUGAUAGAAUAUAAAUAUUAAGAGAAAAUGGAGGAAGAGACAGCAAACCGUCCUAAGUGGCUAUUAGAACUGGAAAAUCGUAAGCGAAAGCCACAUUUAGCACACGAAACUGGAGCUGGUGCACCUUGCAUAAACUGUAAUUCCGCGUGUCCCGGUCUGGAUCUCCAUUUCUGGCGAAAAAUUUGCAAGAAUUGCAAGUGCGGUCGGGAUGAUCAUGAUGUCAGUGACGAUGAAUUUCCACAGUUUGAUCUGUUGUUCGGACCAAGUGGAAAAUUUAAAAACAAGUCCAUUCAUUUGCAAGUAAAUAACAAAAAACAAAGCGACGAAACGUUUGAGUGGGUGCCACCAGAUAUAAGUAAAGAGCUUGCUAUGGAUUACAUGAAAGCUUUGCCUGUGGAGAAACUACCAAUCAAAGGAUCUGUUGGUGCUGCUUUAAGACGGCAAUUAUUACAGAAACAAUUACCGCUUCACGAUAUUGAUUACAAAGUCUGUGAUGAACUUAGCGAACAAGAGCAAAAGCAAUUUGAAAAAUAUUUAGAGAACAUAAAAAAAUAUGUAGGACAAGGAAAAGUAAUGAAGUUAUUGGGUGCUCAGCCGUUUGAUUCUUCUCGCAUGACGUCACUUAUCAAUGCGACCAAUAAGCAACGUUGCAAUUUGCAAUAUAAAUCUCACAUUCCACCUUCUACCGGUGUUCACUUACGUAUACCGAGUACCUUCGUACAAAAUUCAUGUGCAGACCCUCAGAACCGGCAAGAAGCAACGGUCAAAAUUGAUAACCAAGUUCCUACUGUACAAGGCUGUAAUUAUUCGCUGGAUAACAUGUCUAUUAACAGCAAUAUCGUGAAGUCGCAGCCAAUCGAAGGAAGAUUUUAUGAGAACUCUCGACACGCAGAUAACAUUCCGGUAAACGAAGGAAGUACAAAUAGCGAGGUGGUCAAUUCUCUAAUCACCUCGCAUCUCGCUGAACAAGAGACUGUACCCACUCAGGAGGUGCAUACUUCCGGAGAGUAUGCAUCAAGUGAACGAAGAGUGCCGACGCACUCGGACGGACACGGACAAGCGCUCAACAAUAAUGCGCCGUGCCGGCAUUCGUUGCAUUCGGCAGCUGUCGAUCGUGAGACAGCUUCCAUCGCGGAAUCCAUACUGACGGACGCGUUACUUCCGCCCAGUGCGAUACACGCCAACGAUAUUAUCGGAAGCACGCUGGACGAGAGAGAAUUGAUGUUUAUAAGGGAAAAGUUGACUGACAAGUACAGUGCCGUGGAGUGUCCAGCGAUACACGGUCUUCCGAAAUCAUCUCGAUCAUUGGAUACAAGUGAAGUAUCAAGUGUCCACAGUGCUAAAGAUUUUGCGAGUAUUAAGGAUGCGGAAAAGCUGGCCUUGAAAAAUCCUGACAGAAAUCUUGCCUUAACGGAAAAGACAGAAAUUGGCUCGCAGUAUUCUAUUAAUGGUAGUCCAUUACAGGCUGAGUUGAAUAGUUCCGUUUUGCCAUCAACUAUUAUACACUCGGAACAGUUGCAAAAUCAGAUAUUUCCUCACAUCGUUGAAGGCCCCAAUGAAUCGGUACAGAACGCGCAAUAUACGGAAUGCUUAAAAAAUAUCGAGAGCCUAAAGAUAAAUUCGACGAAGGCGCAGAAGUGUGAAAAGUGUCAUGAGGAUAUUUACGUCGGUGACGUGGCUGUUAUCGUGGAGAAAGCCAACAAUGCCUCUUGGCAUCCUGGCUGCUUCGUUUGUUCGAUGUGCAACGAAUUAUUGGCCGAUUUGGUAUACUUUUAUUAUAAGAAUACGUUGUAUUGCGGCAGAGACUUGGCAACAUUCCUAGGUAUUCCUCGGUGUUUUGCUUGCGACGAAUUAAUCUUUGUACGAGAAUAUACAGUUGCGGAAGGACACAAUUAUCACGUGAAACAUUUCUGUUGCUGGGAUUGUGACAUACCAUUAGCCGGGCAACAAUACAUUACCGAGAAUGAUCGUCCGUUAUGCCUAUCCUGUUACCAGACUUCAUACGCAAAAACGUGCGCUACUUGUAACGUGGUCAUUGCUGCCGAUCAACAAGGUGUCGCCAUAAAAAAUUUAAACUUUCAUGCAACUGAAGCCUGCUUUUGUUGCUACGGCUGUAAGAAAAAUUUAUUGAACGGUAGAAUGGCAAUAAAAGAAAACAAACUGUUCUGCAGUAAAGAAUGUAUCGCAAAGUGUCUUAACCGAUAAAUGACACAAUAUUUUUGAUAUAAAAUAUAUAAUAUGUUAUUUAGAUACCUAAUGUGUUCGUGAAAAUUUUCAUCCAUUAAGGGAUCGACGAUAAAAAAACAUAAAUAUCCAGGAUAAAUUUCUUGCUAAUUAAUACUAAAGUUAAUAAACUAAAAGUGAAAGCGUAAUUAAUUAUAAACAAAUUAAAAAUCUAUAAUUAACAUAUACAUACAUAUUAUCAGAUCGUAUACACAUACGCAUAUGUAAUGUGUAGAAAAAAAAAUA